AUGGCAUACAUCGAGACCGAUACUACCGCCUCCUACCUUUCCUUCCUCUCCUACCUACGAUUUCGUCCCAUGGAUCAAAACCUGUAUCAACUCUCUGCCACGGCGCUGCAGGCCAAGUUGACUGCUGGAGAAAUCACCAGCGUUGAUUUGGUCGAGUCGUGUUUGGCUCGCAUCGAGCGAUACAACAGCCGCCUCAACUGCCUAUUGAGCAUCCGGCCACGAACGCAGCUCUUCGCCCACGCCGCCGCAUUGGACGCUGAACGCCGUGCGCGACCCAGCGCCACGCGAAGUAAGCUGCACGGCAUUCCGAUCAUCUUAAAAGAUGCCAUUGUCACAGGUCCCGAGCUGGAUCUGUUGCAGGAGGCAGGCAUGAUUAUCCUCGGCAAGUCCAACAUGACGGAAUUUUGCGGCCUCAAGUCGAAUUUCAUAAAAUCCGGAUGGAGUACGUGCGGAGGACAAACAAACUCGCCCUACAGAAAACGGAACUUCAGUGAAGCGGAUCAGCCUAUCACGGCAGGGUCGUCAUCGGGGUCAGCCGUGGCAGUUGCCGCCGGUUUCGCUCCCCUAUCCAUCGGAACCGAGACUUCAGCUGCUUUGGUAUAUCCAGCGAGCGUUUGCGGUGUAUAUGCAUAUAAGUGUGGCCAUAAUUCGGUCCCAAUGGAAGGCGUGUUCAGCAUCAGCGAGAGUUAUGACUGCGUCGGGCCUAUCGCAAGGGAUCCGAAGGAUAUAGUUGCUCUAGCUGAAAUAUUGCAACAGAAUUCCAGGUUCAGUAUGGUCAUUGCGUCAAGUGCAGGCGAUGCCGGGCAAGAAUUCCGCGGCUUUGCUGUCGGCGUCGUCGCAAGCACAUGGGGAGUGCACGAAAGCCUUGUUGCUGCAAAAUGGGGAGAUGCACAAGUGAUAAAGGAAUACGAAAACGCCGUCGCCAAGAUGCGAGGUCGAGGGGCCCGUGUCGUGUAUCCCCUCCAGGCACCGGAGUCGGAUAGUAUACGAUACGACGGAGAGAAUCUGAUCAGCACGUCUUAUGGCGAAUUCAGCGGCAGAGUCAAGGAGUUUCUCCGAUGUUUCGAAUUCGCCGGCAUUAAAGACCUGAAAGAUAUCAUAGCCUGGAACGACGCCCAUGCCGACACGGCACUGCGACCUCCUUAUGAUACGCAGACCGAGCUCAUUGCUGCGGUAAACAGCAAAAUGCAGCCAGAAAUGCUCCGAAACAUCGUCCCACGUCUCCGCCAUCUGGCAGGCAAUAACGGAAUGUCUGAGGUUAUGCGACGCAGCGGGGACCUUGACAUUGUGCUCUCGUCAUCCGAAUGCCAGCUCGUCACCUACGCCGCCACCGCGGGUUGGCCCUGUGCGACAGUACCCUUGGGUAACUGGCGGAAGAAUGGGCAGCCUUACGGCAUGUUUGCACUAUCAAAGGAUGGCGAGGAAGAAACGCUACUGGGAUUUGUCAGUGCAUGGGGAAAGGUAUUCGAAGGUGUGCAGGGACCAGAUUUAGAAAUGAUGCCGAAGGAAAGUGCUCGAGGAAGGCGAGAGUCCACUUCAGGAUCCUUGCCAUGA